AUGUACGACCCUCCUGUCUUAGCUGCCCGUAGUACUGGGAUUUUAGGCGUGUGCCACCAUGUCCAGCAUGUGGUACGUAUAGCAGCAAAAUUCAUCAUUCAUGCCCCUCCUGGAGAGUUUAAUGAGGUUUUUAAUGAUGUUCGGUUACUGCUAAAUAAUGAUAAUCUCCUCAGGGAGGGAGCAGCCCAUGCAUUUGCACAGUAUAACUUGGAUCAGUUUACUCCAGUAAAAAUUGAAGGUUAUGAAGAUCAGGUAUUGAUAACAGAGCAUGGUGAUUUGGGAAAUGGAAAGUUUUUGGAUCCAAAAAACAGAAUCAGUUUCAAAUUUGAUCACCUAAGAAAGGAAGCAACUGAUCCAAGACCCUAUGAAGCAGAAAAUGCAAUUGAAUCGUGGAGAACUUCUGUAGAAACUGCGUUGCGAGCAUACGUAAAAGAACAUUACCCAAACGGGGUCUGCACUGUGUACGGUAGAAAAACAGACGGACAGCAGACCAUUAUCGCAUGCAUAGAAAGCCAUCAGUUCCAAGCGAAAAACUUCUGGAAUGGUCGUUGGAGGUCAGAGUGGAAGUUUACAAUCACACCUUCAACCACUCAGGUGGUUGGCAUCUUGAAAAUUCAGGUUCAUUACUAUGAAGACGGUAAUGUUCAGCUAGUGAGUCAUAAAGACAUACAGGACUCCCUAACAGUGUCUAAUGAAGUACAAACAGCAAAAGAAUUUAUAAAGAUUGUAGAAGCUGCAGAAAAUGAAUACCAGACCGCCAUCAGUGAGAAUUAUCAGACAAUGUCGGACACUACUUUCAAAGCCUUACGUCGACAGUUGCCAGUUACGCGUACUAAGAUUGAUUGGAACAAGAUCCUUAGCUACAAGAUUGGCAAAGAAAUGCAGAAUGCAUAAGAUGAACAUUGCAUGUCUGGAUCAUUUUAGUAAUCUUUGCAUUUAAAAAAAUUAUUGCAAAAGUGUUCAGAACUGUCAAGCUGCCCAGUCAGACGGGCUAUUGCCAUGUAAAAUCAGUGUAAUUAAUUAGUUUGGUUAGAGCACAAAGCUUAGCUAAUCAACCAUUCUUUACUUUGUUUGAAGAGGAUUGAAAAAAUGAGUACUUUAAAUGUCUUUUACUUUGUUAUUCCUUUCUUUGUUACAAUGAAGAACUGAUUCCUCUAGUUUAUGGUUAAAAUUUUUGAAGUAUUACAAAAACAUUUUACUUAGUAGAACCCUAAAAUUGUUGUCUUUUGGCUUAUGAAAUGGGAAACUUUUGAUAUUAGCCCAAUUCUUUUUAAAGGGGUCAAUAAUAGACAUUCUAGUUUAAGGUGGUUGAUGGACUUAGCCAUUAUAUGCUGCUAAAGAAAUUGUCUACCUUUUCUCCCUCACCUCUUCACUUAUGUAAGAUUGAGAUUAGAAAGAAACAUUUUCUAUACCAGUUAUGUUUAAACCUUUCAGUAAGGUUAUUUAGCUAGCUUGGUGUUGAACUAAAUUUUUUUUUAAACAAGGCCAAGGUCUGUUGCUGUUUUGAGAUUCUGAAAUUAAAUGAAAAUACUUAUAAAUGCAUUUAAUGCUUUUUUCUUGUGACAGUUACGCAAAUUAGCUUGAAUUCCAUAUGUUCCUGAGUUAUUUUUAUCAUAAAGCCACAAAUAUAGUAUAACAAGGCAAAUUGUAAUAUAUGUAAUCCUGAACUCAUGACCAUGUCUCAGUUUAUUUUUUUUCCUUGGAUUGAAAUGUACUGAAAAUCAUUGUGACAUUAAAAUGCAAACUUUCCUAUUUACUUGAGUAGAAAAAUCACUUAACAGUGAGUCAUAUACUAUUUUAAAAUACUUUGGAUAUUGUAAUUCUUAACUGGUUGUAAGUUAGGAAAGCUGGGAGUACCUAUGGUGUGUAGCAGUCUUGAGUCUUUUCCAUCUUCCUAUGCAUCAUGAGCAUGUCUGUAAUAUUUUUAAAAAUACACUGAUACUACAGGAGUUUCAAACCUGUGGUGAAUACUAGUAUUUACUAUCAGGAGGUGGGUGGAUUUAUGGUUUCAUUCAACAGAAUUUUGUUUCUUAUCCUUGAGUGAAAUCCAUUCAUCACAUACUCCAGACAUCUGGCCCUGGAAAUUUUUUUAAAACACUUUUAUUAUGAACAAUAAAAUAUUUCAUUAGCUUGAAUUGUAUAAAUUUUUAAAAAUUCAAUGAAAGCAUGUUUAAUUUCUUUUUAAAAAUCACUGUUGGACUUUAAAACCAUUGAGAAUAUAAUCUGAAAUUAUGACACCUUUGGCUAAAUCAUUUUCUCUUUAGUUUUACAAGUUGUGUGUAUUGAGAUUCCUAAGGAAAAUGAAUUGAUACAUGAAUUA